AGAGUGGACCACGUUAGUCAGUGCACCGGGACAUAGCGGGUCGGAGCGGACAAACCGUUCCUUAGAAAACGGGUUUCGCUCUAUCCCUAGUGCCGAUACACGAUCCCAUUGUUAUUUCACCAGUCAAGCACAGUCCUCAAUUGGCAUAGAGAGGCCUCGAGCUAUUUUCCAGUGCGAUGAAGAACGACUCAGAUCAGCACGCGGCGGUGUCGUUUCCGGUCGACAUGAACGACGAGAUCGAGUGCGAGGUGAGGCCCGGAGGCAUGCUGGUUCAGAAGCGCGACGAUGACGAAGGCGGAGCUGCGUCUCGCGGGCCCACGAUCAAGAUCACCGUCUCCCACGGCCCGGCCCGCCACGAGCUCCAUGUCCCAGCCCAAUCUACUUUUGGGGAUAUAAAGAAUGCUCUUGUGCAAAAAACUGGUUUGGAGCCUAAAGACCAGAGACUCUUGUUCAGGGGAAAAGAAAAAGAGGAUGAGGAGCAUCUGCAUAUGGUAGGUGUGAAGGACAGGUCGAAGAUUUUGCUUUUGGAGGAUCCUGCGAGCAAAGAGAGAAAGCUUCAGGAGAUAAGUGAAAACAAUGAGAUGGCAAAAGCAUUUGAAGCAGUCGCAGGAGUUAGAGCAGAGGUGGAUAAGCUCGCAGAAAGGGUGGCUGCCCUGGAAGUGGCUGUGGGUGGUGGGACCAAGGUCGCAGAGAAGGAAUUUAUAGUAGCAACGGAGUUGCUCAUGAAACAGUUACUGAAGUUGGAUAGCAUUGAGGCUGAAGGAGAAGCGAAACUGCAAAGAAGGGCCGAGGUACGCCGUGUCCAGAAUUUCGUGGAGACAUUGGACAACCUGAAGGGGAGAAACUCUAAUCCAAAUAGCAACAAUAGCAAUGCUGUCUCGGUAACAACCAAAUGGGAGACCUUCGACUCUGGAGUGGGAAGCUUGAGUGCCCCACCCUCGUCAUCUUCGGCAAAAUUAACGCAGGAUUGGGAACAAUUUGAUUAGUAUAUAAUUUGCUUUGUUGCAGUACUUCAGAACUGGGUUUGGAACAUAAAAUUUAAAGCAUGCAGAAUAUAAAUUUUCUUUUUGUGCUUCA